GGUAAUGUUAUACAGUAACAUCCCUAUGGUGAUGUCUAAGGUAAUGUUAUACAGUAACAUCCCUAUGGGGAUGUCUAAGGUAAUGUUAUACAGUAACAUCCCUAUGGUGAUGUCUAAGGUAAUGUUAUACAGUAACAUCCCUAUGGUGAUGUCUAAGGUAAUGUUAUACAGUAACAGGACUAUGGUGAUGUCUAAGGUAAUGUUAUACAGUAACAUCGCUAUGGUGAUGUCUAAGGUAAUGUUAUACAGUAACAGGACUAUGGUGAUGUCUAAGGUAAUGUUAUACAGUAACAUCGCUAUGGUGAUGUCUAAGGUAAUGUUAUACAGUAACAUCCCUAUGGUGAUGUCUAAGGUAAUGUUAUACAGUAACAGGACUAUGGUGAUGUCUAAGGUAAUGUUAUACAGUAACAUCCCUAUGGUGAUGUCUAAGGUAAUGUUAUACAGUAACAGGACUAUGGUGAUGUCUAAGGUAAUGUCAUACAGUAACAUCCCUAUGGUGAUGUCUAAGGUAAUGUUAUACAGUAACAGGACUAUGGUGAUGUCUAAGGUAAUGUUAUACAGUAACAGGACUAUGGUGAUGUCUAAGGUAAUGUUAUACAGUAACAGGACUAUGGUGAUGUCUAAGGUAAUGUUAUACAGUAACAGGACUAUGGUGAUGUCUAAGGUAAUGUUAUACAGUAACAGGACUAUGGUGAUGUCUAAGGUAAUGUUAUACAGUAACAUCCCUAUGGUGAUGUCUAAGGUAAUGUUAUACAGUAACAGGACUAUGGUGAUGUCUAAGGUAAUGUUAUACAGUAACAGGACUAUGGUGAUGUCUAAGGUAAUGUUAUACAGUAACAGGACUAUGGUGAUGCCUAAGGUAAUGUUAUACAGUAACAUCCCUAUGGUGAUGUCUAAGGUAAUGUUAUACAGUAACAGGACUAUGGUGAUGCCUAAGGUAAUGUUAUACAGUAACAUCCCUAUGGUGAUGUCUAAGGUAAUGUUAUACAGUAACAUCCCUAUGGUGAUGUCUAAGGUAAUGUUAUACAGUAACAGGACUAUGGUGAUGUCUAAGGUAAUGUUAUACAGUAACAUCCCUAUGGUGAUGUCUAAGGUAAUGUUAUACAGUAACAGGACUAUGGUGAUGUCUAAGGUAAUGUUAUACAGUAACAUCCCUAUGGUGAUGUCUAAGGUAAUGUUAUACAGUAACAGGACUAUGGUGAUGUCUAAGGUAAUGUUAUACAGUAACAUCGCUAUGGUGAUGUCUAAGGUAAUGUUAUACAGUAACAGGACUAUGGUGAUGUCUAAGGUAAUGUUAUACAGUAACAGGACUAUGGUGAUGUCUAAGGUACCUCCAUUCCCUCCCCAGGUGUGAUGCCCAAGCAUGGGCUGGACGUAGCGGCCUGUGAGGUGUUCCGCUUCUACAAGCUGGUGACGCUGAAGGGGCUGAUCGAGCCCAUCUCCAUGAUAGUACCAAGGAGGGUCAGUGUCAGUGGGGAUGCCCCUCUCCCUAUCCCUUCAUAUAGCAGUGUUUCUCAAUCCAUUCCUGGAGGACCUUAGGGCGUGUGCACAUAUUUGUUACAGCCCUGCACUAACACACCUCAUUCAUCUAAUCCAGGGCAGUUGAAUCAGAUUGUAUGUUAAAUCAGUGCAGGGUUGGAACAAAAAUGUGCGCUCUUGGGAAGAAACAGAGGUAUAAAAGUAUUGGAACAGGCUCUCAAUCUGUCUCUCCUGGUGUUGCAGUCAGAGACGUACCAGGAGGACAUCUAUCCAAUGACGGCAGGGACCGAGCCUGCCCUCUCAGCCAAUGAGUGGUUGAGUGGGAUCAACCGAGGUACAGUGCAUGUGCCUUUAGUUUGAAUGUUCAAUACACCUCUUGAUACAGUCCUCACAGUGGGAAAGGAAAUGAAAUGUUUACAUCAAUGUAGCACAUUUUCAUGAAGUAAAUUGUGUCUGUGUGUGUGUGUGUGUGUGUGUGUGUGUGUGUGUCUGUGUGUGUGUGUGUGUGUGUGUGUGUGUGUGUGUGUGUGUGUGUGUGUGUGUGUGUGUGUGUGUGUGUGUGUGUGUGUGUGUGUGCGUGUGUGUGCAGACCCAGUGUUAAUGUCCCUGAAGGAGGGCUACCAGAAGCCCAACCAGCUGGUGUUCAAGGCCCCGGUGAAGGAGAAGAAGAGUGUGGUGGUCAACGGCAUCGACCUGCUGGAAAACGUGCCACCCAGGACAGAGAACGAGGUGUGUUCAUCAGAUACAGUGGGGAGGCCCAGACCAUUCAGAUUAAAAUGAGAACAAAGAAAUAACUAUGACACUGUUCCUCAAGACAACAUGCUACACUGAUAUACCUCAGUAUAAAACACUCGUUCCUCAGAACACAAUGCUUUCUAAUGUCCUGAAACCCUCCUCAUGGGUGUAGCAUACUAGACAUCGACUAUUUCAUGUGUACCACAGAUAUAUAGUGGGGGAAAAAGUAUUUAGUCAGCCACCAAUUGUGCAAGUUCUCCCACUUAAAAAGAUGAGAGAGGCCUGUAAUUUUCAUCAUAGGUACACGUCAACUAUGACAGACAAAUUGAGAAGAAAAAAAAUCCAGAAAAUCACAUUGUAGGAUUUUUAAUGAAUUUAUUUGCAAAUUAUGGUGGAAAAUAAGUAUUUGGUCACCUACAAACAAGCAAGAUUUCUGGCUCUCACAGACCUGUAACUUCUUCUUCAAGAGGCUCCUCUGUCCUCCACUCGUUACCUGUAUUAAUGGCACCUGUUUGAACUUGUUAUCAGUAUAAAAGACACCUGUCCACAACCUCAAACAGUCACACGCCAAACUCCACUAUGGCCAAGACCAAAGAGCUGUCAAAGGACACCAGAAACAAAAUUGUAGACCUGCACCAGGCUGGGAAGACUGAAUCUGCAAUAGGUAAGCAGCUUGGUUUGAAGAAAUCAACUGUGGGAGCAAUUAUUAGGAAAUGGAAGACAUACAAUACCACUGAUAAUCUCCCUCGAUCUGGGGCUCCACACAAAAUCUCACCCCGUGGGGUCAAAAUGAUCACAAGAAUGGUGAGCAAAAUUCCCAGAACCACACGGGGGGACCUAGUGAAUGACCUGCAGAGAGCUGGGACCAAAGUAACAAAGCCUACCAUCAGUAACACACUACGCCGCCAGGGACUCAAAUCCUGCAGUGCCAGAUGUGUCCCCCUGCUUAAGCCAGUACAUGUCCAGGCCCGUCUGAAGUUUGCUAGAGUGCAUUUGGAUGAUCCAGAAGAGGAUUGGGAGAAUGUCAUAUGGUCAGAUGAAACCAAAAUAGAACUUUUUGGUAAAAACUCAACUCGUCGUGUUUGGAGGACAAAGAAUGCUGAGUUGCAUCCAAAGAACACCAUACCUACUGUGAAGCAUGGGGGUGGAAACGUCAUGCUUUGGGGCUGUUUUUCUGCAAAGGGACCAGGACGACUGAUCCGUGUAAAGGAAAGAAUGAAUGGGGCCAUGUAUCGUGAGAUUUUGAGUGAAAACCUCCUUCCAUCAGCAAGGGCAUUGAAGAUGAAACGUGGCUGGGUCUUUCAGCAUGACAAUGAUCCCAAACACACCGCCCGGGCAACGAAGGAGUUGCUUCGUAAGAAGCAUUUCAAGGUCCUGGAGUGGCAUAGCCAGUCUCCAGAUCUCAACCCCAUAGAAAAUCUUUGAAGGGAGUUGAAAGUCUGUGUUGCCCAGCGACAGCCCCAAAACAUCACUGCUCUAGAGGAGAUCUGCAUGGAGGAAUGGGCCAAAAUACCAGCAACAGUGUGUGAAAACCUUGUGAAGACUUACAGAAAACGUUUGACCUGUGUCAUUGCCAACAAAGGGUAUAUAACAAAGUAUUGAGAAACUUUUGUUAUUGACCAAAUACUUAUUUUCCACCAUAAUUUGCAAAUAAAUUCAUUAAAAAUCCUACAAUGUGAUUUUCUGGAGAAAAAAAAUCUCAUUUUGUCUGUCAUAGUUGACGUGUACCUAUGAUGAAAAUUACAGGCCUCUCUCAUCUUUUUAAGUGGGAGAACUUGCACAAUUGGUGGCUGACUAAAUACUUUUUUUCCCCACUGUAACUGUGGAUGGGGGAUGGGGGGAUGAAUGAGAAGAAAAGGGAGAGAAGAGAAGAGAGGGAGAGAAGGAGGAAGGUGGGUGGGUGGAUUGGUGGAUGGGUGGGUGGGUGGGUGGAUGCCUGUUUUGGGUGUAUUAAACACUAUUUCGCAUGGGGUGCAAAUGCUCAAAUGACUUCCCAAGCACAAUUACAAACUAUGGUCUAUAGCUUGUUAUCUAUGUGACCCUGAUCCAUCUGUUCAUUUCUGUAGUUACUGAGGAUGUUCUUCAGGACGCUAUGUGACCCUGAUCUCUCUGUUCUGUUCUGUAGUUACUGAGGAUGUUCUUCAGGACGCUAUGUGACCCUGAUCUCUCUGUUCUGUUCUGUAGUUACUGAGGAUGUUCUUCAGGACGCUAUGUGACCCUGAUCUCUCUGUUCUGUUCUGUAGUUACUGAGGAUGUUCUUCAGGACGCUAUGUGACCCUGAUCUCUCUGUUCUGUUCUGUAGUUACUGAGGAUGUUCUUCAGGACGCUAUGUGACCCUGAUCUCUCUGUUCUGUUCUGUAGUUACUGAGGAUGUUCUUCAGGACGCUAUGUGACCCUGAUCUCUCUGUUCUGUUCUGUAGUUACUGAGGAUGUUCUUCAGGACGCUAUGUGACCCUGAUCUCUCUGUUCUGUUCUGUAGUUACUGAGGAUGUUCUUCAGGCAGCAGGAGGAGCUGAGAAAGCUGAAGGAGGAGCUGAACACCAAGGACGUUAAAAUACGCCAGCUGGAGCUGGAACUCAACAACCUGAGGAAUGUCAGCCCCGCUGGAAACAAUGUCUGACCUCUGGCCUAUGGCACCACCACCACGCCACGUCCAGCUUCCUCCCUCCGUCCCUCCCUCACUUUCAUCGCGUAUCAUUUGUACUUCAUGUUGCGAUUGAUUAUGUAAUAGCCACCGGAUAAUGUAAAUACUGAUUAUAGCGUUUGUGUAACAGUUUUUGUUAUCUAUAACGUAAUCAUGUCGACAUAACUGCUAAAUCCCUCAAUUGAUAACAUAAUAACCAACUGGUAAUGCAAUUUAUUGUUAUAAGAUUUUUUUAAAUUCUGUUCCAUUGAUGUAUCCUGAUAUCCGGUUUGGUUUCAUUACGAUUAGUUAUUACAUCAUCAGUUGCAAUACGCCACUCCCCCCUACUGCAGAGCACCAUCAGUGUACCCCAGGGGUCCUCACACCCCACCUGCCAUGUCAUGCCAUGCCCCUCUGAGUCCACGGGGCAAAGCCUUUGUCAUCACCCAGAAAUGCCACCCCCAAAUCCUCCAACCUCCACCCUUCCAUCACCAGAGACUACCCUGGGGAAAGAGAUUGACUACCCCCUUCUCCACCCUA